AUGGACCCAACAGUAGCGGAUUCCAAACCUUUCAGGUUCUUGGUUGGCCCUCAUGGCCACGAGUUCACCAUUCACUCUGCCCUUGUUGCCGCACAAUCUCCGUACCUCAACACGCUCGUCAAUGGGCCCUUUGAAGAAGGCAAUGAGGGGGUCGUGAAGUGGGAGAGCGUUGACGAGGAAGCAUUUUUGUGCUUCUGGCAGUAUAGCUACGCCGGUGAUUACCACGUUCCAAAAGAACAAGACGCCUGUGCGGACCACGAAGAGGAUGAUGCUACAACAAGCCAAGGAGAUUCAACAGCAUUUGCUUUCGCCGACAACGUCGCAACGGAGAUUCCUACUGAAGCGAAGGAAUAUGAUCAGCCUGUUGAAGAGUAUGUAAGGGCGUCUAAGAACAACAAGAAGAGGUGCAAGAAAUGUCGGUCGGCCCUGUAUGAUGAGCCGGAGCCAAUGGCGGAGCCGAAGCCAAAACCAUUCCCAUCCAAGGGAGACCACUUGUGGGCUGUGUUCAUCAAUCUUCGGUCCAGAAAUGUUGGUCUUGAGAAGGAACUGCUCACUGAGUCCCCUGGCCACCACUUGCUCUGUCACGCACGCGUUUACGUCCUUGCCGACUGCUAUGGAAUCUCUCAGCUAAUGGAGAUAUCUUACAACAAGCUACAUCAGGCCAUGUGCCAAUUUGUUCUACAAACUGAAUCAUUGGUCGAUGUCAUUGCCCUAAUUCACUACUGCUAUGAAGAGCUCGUGCCGGAAAGACUGAAAAAGCUCGUCGUCAUGUACACUGCUUGCAAAGUGGAAACGCUGUGGAAAGAUAAACAAUUCCAGCACAUCCUGGAAGAGCAUGGUGACUUUGCCAGAGCUGUCAUUGGCACUUUGAUCAGUCGACUUUCUUAA